AUUCGCUACUUGUAGCAUAAUAUCAGCGGAGUCCAAACCGUAUCGCGAGGCGCGCUGCCGGGGGUGUUGCGAGGGAUUUACUCUGCAGGUUAGCGAUGAUGAGGUCAGGGCAGCUUGGUGGAUUGGCGGCGUGACGUCAGCGCCCACCUUGUGCGGAGAAUUAAUCUCCUGCUGAAGAGACGGCCUAAUCUCACAGGGAAAUGGGCACAUUGGAAAUCCACACGGUAACCGGCAAAUAUGCUUUAUUUAUUUUUUUAACCAUUUUAGAGAAAUGCAGCUGUCAAAGUCCGAGACAAAGUGCCCCGAUGCUAAAAAAAAUAUAGAUCAUGGGCACACACGCGCACACUCACUCAAGCAGAGGGCAGUAAGUGCACUUAAACAGAGAUUUCAUCUCUCACUUGAUGGAGGAAAAAAAUCAGCUGGACUGAGAAGUGACGAGAAAAAGAGAGAUGUCUGAAGAGGAGUUGCCACGGCACAGAACACAGUGGUAACUUGUAGCACGGUCAUCAAUCAAGUCGCAUAUAGGCGCUGCGAUACAGUAGCACUGCUUUGCAUUACCUCUCUAAAUUCCAUUGCUUACCACUUCCAGAGCCUUGCAAGUUAUUCGGGACAUAAAAAAAAAUAAUAAUAAUCCACCUCUUGGGAAGGAUUUUUUUUUCUUUAGUUCAUCCUUCUGGUUACGCUAUAUGGUACUUCCUUUUAUUUAAGAAAAUGCUUUGGAUCACAGUUUUUAUCACUGGAUUGACUUUCUGUGGGGAAAUGAACAUGUAUAACUGCAUGGAUUAUGACUACAUUGACGAUUAUUAUGAAGAGGAAAAGACAGAAGCAAUUGAUUACAAGGACCCAUGCAAAGCCGCUGUCUUUUGGGGGGAUAUUGCCUUAGAUGAAGAAGACUUAAAAAUGUUUCAGAUUGAUAGAACCAUCGACCUCACACAGCACUCAAAUGACAGGCAGGGUCACACCACAGGGGGCUUAGAAGAACAUGGUAUUUCCAAGAAGAAAGGUUCUCUGUAUCAGCUUUUAGAGAGGAUAAGAAGAUUUGGCUCAGACAGCAUUCAUAAAAACAGGACAAAAGACGCACCGAGCGCAAAACUCUCAGGAAAGAAUGAGAAGAGCCGAGUUCCCAGAGCUGCAACUUCACGGGCGGAGAGAAUAUGGCCUGGAGGUGUCAUUCCAUAUGUUAUUGGAGGCAAUUUCACUGGCAGUCAGAGAGCCAUGUUCAAACAAGCUAUGCGCCACUGGGAAAAGCACACAUGUGUGACUUUUAUUGAGAGGACAGACGAAGAAAGCUACAUUGUAUUCACAUAUAGACCGUGCGGAUGCUGCUCAUAUGUCGGCAGACGGGGCAAUGGUCCCCAGGCCAUAUCAAUUGGCAAGAACUGUGAUAAGUUUGGAAUUGUUGUGCAUGAACUUGGUCAUGUUAUUGGCUUUUGGCACGAACACACUCGACCGGACCGAGACGAUCAUGUGGCCAUCAUCAGAGAAAACAUCCAACCAGGUCAGGAAUACAACUUUCUUAAAAUGGAGCCAGGAGAGGUGAAUUCUCUUGGAGAGCCCUAUGACUUUGACAGCAUUAUGCAUUACGCCAGGAACACCUUCUCAAGGGGUGUGUUUCUGGAUACCAUUCUUCCUUCGCGUGAUGAAAGCGGCACACGUCCUGCCAUCGGCCAGAGAACAAGAUUAAGUAAAGGAGACAUUGCACAGGCAAGGAAGCUGUAUAGAUGUCCAGCUUGUGGAGAAACGUUGCAGGAGUCUACUGGCAAUUUCUCUUCCCCUGGAUUUCCCAAUGGAUACCCGUCCUAUACACACUGUGUCUGGAGAAUAUCUGUUACCCCUGGAGAAAAGAUUGCUCUAAACUUCACCACUAUGGACCUUUAUAAGAGCAGUUUAUGUUGGUACGACUACGUAGAAGUAAGAGAUGGCUACUGGAGAACAGCGCCUCUUCUUGGUAGAUUCUGUGGUGACAAAGUCCCCGAGGUGCUGAUGUCUACAGACAGUCGUAUGUGGAUCGAGUUCCGCAGCAGCAGUAAUUGGGUUGGCAAGGGUUUUGCAGCUCUGUAUGAAGCCAUCUGUGGGGGUGAGAUAAACAAAGACGCAGGCCAAAUACAAUCCCCCAACUAUCCAGACGACUAUAGACCCAUGAAGGAAUGCGUAUGGAAGAUAACAGUGUCAGAAAACUACAAUGUAGGAUUAAGCUUUCAGGCUUUCGAGAUUGAGAGGCAUGAUAAUUGCGCCUAUGACUAUUUAGAGGUUCGUGAUGGUAAUACAGAGAGCAGCCCUCUAAUUGGGAGAUUCUGUGGCUAUGAUAAGCCAGAAGACAUCCGAUCUACCUCAAACAUUUUAUGGAUGAAAUUUGUCUCAGAUGGAACUGUCAACAAGGCUGGGUUUGCAGCUAAUUUCUUCAAAGAGGAAGAUGAAUGUGCCAAACCUGACAACGGAGGGUGUGAGCAGAGAUGUGUGAACACACUGGGGAGCUACAAGUGUGUUUGUGAUCCUGGCUAUGAACUGGCACCAGACAAGAAGAGCUGUGAGGCUGCAUGUGGUGGCCUCCUCACUAAACUCAAUGGAACCAUUACCACACCAGGGUGGCCAAAGGAGUAUCCCCCUAAUAAAAACUGUGUAUGGCAAGUGGUGGCUCCAACACAGUACAGGAUUUCGAUGCAGUUUGAGUUUUUUGAAUUAGAAGGAAAUGAGGUAUGCAAAUAUGACUAUGUAGAGGUACGCAGCGGCCUCUCCUCAGAUUCCAAAUUACACGGAAAGUACUGUGGAACAGAAGUGCCUGAGGUUAUCACGUCGCAAUACAAUAACAUGAGGAUUGAAUUCAAAUCUGACAACACAGUGUCAAAGAAGGGGUUUAAGGCACAUUUCUUUUCAGACAAGGAUGAAUGUUCCAAGGAUAAUGGUGGCUGCCUUCAUGAAUGCAUCAACACUCUAGGAAGUUAUGUGUGUCAGUGCCGCCAUGGAUUUGUGCUACAUGAAAACAAGCAUGACUGUAAAGAAGCUGAAUGUGAACAUAAAGUGCAUAGUUCAAGUGGAAUGAUUACCAGUCCCAACUGGCCAGACAAGUAUCCAAGCCGAAAAGAAUGCACGUGGGAAAUCACGGCUACGCCUGGGCAUCGAGUUAAAUUAUCUUUUACUGAGUUUGAGAUUGAGCAGCAUCAAGAAUGCGCCUACGACCAUCUGGAAGUAUUUGACGGAGGAAGUGAUAAAGCAGCAAUUCUCGGACGACUGUGUGGCAGCAAGAUACCAGAUCCUGUUGUCUCCACGGGCAACAAGAUGUACCUCAGGUUCAUUUCAGAUGCUUCAGUACAAAGAAAAGGAUUUCAGGCCACUCAUUCCACAGAAUGCGGUGGGAGAUUGAAAGCUGAGACAAAACAGAAAGACCUCUACUCACAUGCCCAGUUUGGAGAUAAUAACUACCCCGGGCAAAUGGACUGCGAGUGGAUGAUAACAGCAGAAAAGGGCUAUGGAAUCGAACUGACCUUCCAGACAUUUGAGGUUGAAGAGGAGGCCGACUGUGGUUAUGACUACAUCGAACUGUUUAAUGGGUAUGACAGCACAGCUCAGAGGUUUGGACGGUUUUGUGGAUCAGGGCCACCAGAAGAAAUCUACUCAUCAGGAGAUACGUUGCUGCUACACUUCCACACGGACGACACCAUCAAUAAAAAAGGAUUUCAUAUACGAUACACGAGUACCAAGUUUCAAGACACCCUUCUUGCCCAAAAAUAACCAAGGAACCUCAUUAGUCUAAAACUUUUUUUUCUUUUAACAAAAAACAAACAAACAAACAAACAAACAAAAAAAAACAGAAACCAAAUGUUUUUUUCUACUGGUGGGGGAAAGAAAGCAGGCAAAAAUGUAGUGUGUGCAGAAUUAAAUCUUUGAAAUCUUACAGAACACACAAUACCUAACGCAUUGCCUGCCUCCCUCCCUGCCCGCCUGCCUGCCUUGAAGGCCGUCUAGGGAGAUUAUGAAAGCUUCUGGCACGCCAAGGCUGGAACUAACUGAGGACGCCUAUUUAUUUCAGAGGGGAGGAGGCCAUUCAUGAGGACACUGUCGAGUGGCCUAAUGUCAUGCCAAUGUGAAAGAGCUCUCUCUGGGAAAUUAAAAAAAAAACAAAAAACGUUUCAAUUACAUAAAAUGACGCUCAGUGUUGACAAAUAAAAGAAAAUAACAUCAACAUUGGAAGUGUUCAAGUGGUUUGGUUAAUGUAUAACAAUAUAUUUAUGGUGACUGAAACAAUACAUUUAAAUAUUUUAAAAUAAACCUCUGAGGACUUUA